CCUUGCUCCUUCCUUUCCCCUUUUCUCCUUUCCUUUGUGUUCUUUGUACCUAGCACCCUCAAGGUUUUGCCCCAAACCCCACCCCCUCAAAAGCUCCAUCCCCAAGUUGACCCCCCACAUCAAACAGGUGAGCCUUGCUUAGGAUCCCUAGGGCCUAGGCCUCAGGCCUAGUGUUGGGCCUGGUGUCUGGGACUGAACUGGGUCCUGGGACUGAAGCCUGGGGCAAGAAGUUGAGACUAGGAGUGGAGACUAAGCUACAGUUGAGCCUAGGCUGAACUGUGCUGGGGAAACAUCUGGAGGACCUCAUGGUCAGCCUCACCACAUAUUUUCUGGCAGUUAUUUCUGUGGAAGGCAGAGCUGUUCACUUCCUGUUGGGCUGGGAGUCCCCAAGUUCUAGAGGCUCUGAGGCUGCCCAGAGCAGCCCACUUGCCAGCAUCCAUGGCCAGGUACCUGCUUUUUUCCCUGGCACAGAGAGAGAUUAGGGUGGCCAGAGUGGCGGUGAGCACAACUCGCCUCCAAGAGCCUCCAGGUAGCCUGGAUUCUCUCAGAGGCUUUGCGUCCUCUACCUGCAGACCGAGAAAUUACCUGCACAAGAGCAUCGUAAACACUCUGCACUACCAGAAGAGCCUGCCCCGACUUCCUAUUCCCAAACUAGAAGAUUCAGUUAAGAGAUACCUGCAAGCCCAGAAGCCUCUUUUAAGUGAGGAACAAUUCAGGCAAACGGAAGGAUUUUCACGGAGUUUUAAGACUGGAAUUGGGAAAGAACUGCAAAAGAUGCUGGUUUCUCAGGAUAAAAAGAAUAAACAUACAAGCUAUAUUUCAGGUGUGUGGAUGGAUACAUACCUAACUCUCCGCAGCCCCCUUGCCUUCAGCACUAAUGUAGGGUUAGCUUUCCAUCAAGACCCAAACCCCAGCCACAACAACCAACUCAUCCGAGCAACGAACCUGACCGUUUCAGCCCUCCGGUUCCUCAAGACUUUCAGGGACGGCUACCUUGAGCCCGAGGUCCUGCACCUCUACCCAGAGAAGACGGACACUGAGCGGUUUAAGAAGCUCAUCCGAUGGGUCCCUCAAGCUCUGGUGUGCACUGCUGCCUCCAUUGUCAAUGUUUACCCCAUGGACAUGUCCCAGAAUUUCAGGCUUUUCAGCACAACACGCCUGCCUAAGUUCUAUAAAGACAAACUUCACACCGACGAGAAGGCACGGCACCUGCUGGUCCUAAGGAGAGGGAAUUUCUAUGUCUUUGAUGUCCUGGACCGUGAUGGUAACAUAGUGAAGGCAGCUGAGAUCCAGUCUCGCCUGGGGUACAUUCUGGCAGACGACUGCCCCAUUCCUGAGUUCCCUCUGGCCUACCUGACCAGCGAAAACCGAGACACCUGGGCCCAGUUGAGGCAAAACCUCCAGGCCAGUGGCAAUAGAAGCACACUAAAGAAAGUGGAGACGGCCUUGUUUUGCCUGUGUCUGGAUGACUUCCCCAUCCAGAACCCUGACCACCUGUCUCACAACAUGCUGCAUGGUGAUGGCAUGAACCGCUGGUUUGACAAGUCUUUCAACCUCAUCCUGACCCAGGAUGGACAGGCAGCCGUUCACUUUGAGCGCUCCUGGGGUGAUGCCACAACCCAUCUUCGGUUCUUGGAAUACAUCUUCAAAGACAGCAGUAACUCCCCGGCUGUCAUUCCCUGGGGCCAGCGGAAAACAGAAGCAGACUACUUCCUGGCCCCUGUGAAGAAGCUCGAUUUUAUACUAGACGACUCCCUGAAAGCAGGAAUACUUCAGGCCAGAGCGCGGUUCAAUUCCUUGACACAGAAUCUGGCUGUCCGGCUUUGUCAGUUUCAGCAGGGAGGCAAAAAGUUUCUGAAGAAUCAGAGGGUGAGUCCCGAUGCUGUGAUGCAGCUCUCCCUGCAGAUGGCUUUCCUGGGGCAAUAUAAUGCCACGGUUCCAACCACAGAGUCCUGCAGCACGGCAGCUUUCAAACAUGGCCGCACAGAGACCCUCCACGUGGCUUCCAUCCACACCAAGAGGUGUGCGGAGGCCUUCAUCCGAAAACCUUUUGAACACAGUGUAGGCGAAUUCCAGAGCAUGAUUGCUGACUGCUCCCGUCACCAUGUGAAAUUGAUCAGGGAAGCCACAGCUGGCCAUGGCUUUGACGGACACCUACGGGCUCUACAUCGCUUGGCAACGACCAAAGGGGAUUGGUUACCAGACUUCUUCUUUGACUCAUCCUACAGUCACCUGAAUCACAACAUCCUGGCCACCAGCCUGCUGGCCAGCCCCUCCUUAAAUGCAGGAGUGUUUCCACCAGCAGUGCCCAGUGGCUUUGGGAUUGCAUAUUCAGUGGAACAGGAGGCUCUCCAGUUCAACAUUUCCUGCUCCUCUGGCCAGAACCUUAAUGAAUUCCAGCAGAAUGUGAAGAGAUGCCUGGAGAAAAUCUGGCUCAUUUUAGAAGGCAAACCCAUUAUCAGUUAGAGCGGCUCAACUACUUUGUUGCUGGGGGAGCAGGGGGAGAGGCGCCACGUCCUAGGCCUCUGGCCUCCAUUCCUCAUUCUCAGCUUCUUGUGCCCUUCCCAAGCAGUUCUUGCAGCCCGCUUUUUCGCGUUUCAUUUCAUUCUCCCGUUUGUAAUUGCUGUAAGAGGCUAGUUCCCCCACCCACCCUCCAGACCUCUCUCUCCCCAGAGGUGGGGCCAGGUGAGAUUGGGUGGAGACUCUCAGGGCCUUCUCUGAGGGAAACCUCAAGUGAGUCAGGCCUUUCACUUGGCCAGUUCCAAGAAUGAAUGACUUGAAGAUUCACCAUGGAUGGGAUCUGGGAUCAGAUCAGGGGAUCCCCAACAUCUCUUGUCCAAUGGGCUCUUGGGUCUCUGAAGCCAUAUUCAAGCAGUGGAGUGGAGGUCCUCCCUUUGAAUCUUGAGCAGCUGAGUCAUGGGGGCUUCUACAGAGGAUCUCCUCCUCUACAGAGGAAGAGCCACAGAUGUUGUCUCUGGGCAGGCCUCACAGGUGGACUGGGCUGGGCUGGGGAAGUCUCAUGGUGACUAAAGAUGUCUGGCAGCAUGUCUGCCAAGUCUGGAAUGAAGUAAUGGGGAAUGAAAUCUUCCCACAGUUCCCCUCCCCAAAGCUGGGGAAUCCCUUGUACCUUCCAUCUGUUCAUCACUUGGACCCCCAGUGGGGCCCACAGGGCUUGCGACAGUGGCCUAUUUGAGUAAGAUUGAAUGACUCUUUGACUCUGCAGCAGAGAGAGUUGUUUAGGCAGCCUGGUGCUAGAUUUCUGUAGAAAGCAGAGAAUUUUGGACAAAGUUGGGAAGGUGUCAGAGAGUUGAACACCCUUUUAAAACAGUUUUUACAGCCCAGGGUGGUUUCCCAGAAACCCAAGAGCUGUCAUAAUGGGGGCUGGGAAGGGUGGAGGGGGCCUCAGCUCUACAUUCGUCCAAGACCCAAAUUUGGCCCUCUCAGGCCAGUGCCCAGUCCUAGGGCAAGGCAACAAUCAAAUAUUCUUUUCCAGCUGGUGAACAUCUGGUUUGCCUCUCGGCAUUUUAAACAUGGCCAGCCAACAUUUCCUUUUAUGGCCUUUAUUAAGUUGCAGCUGCCAAAAUUAUCAUUAUUGUUAUUAAGGUUAUUGGGUAUAUUUGACUCAGAGUAUUUGCAGUGGAAAAGUUUUGGUUGAAGCUUGAGAGUUCUGUGUUUGAAAAAGAUCUUACACUAUGAAUAAGAAUUUUGCUUGAACCAAA